UUUUUUUUCCCCAGUGCUUAUAAUAUCAUUUCAUGUGCUAUGGAGGGAAAACAGUCUCAAUAAUAGGACAUCAAAGCAAACCCAGGCUAUGCUGUGUUGUAAAUAAAAAGAAAAACCAGUGGUUUCUCCAUGUAAUUUUCCUCUUUGCUGGGAGUCUGCAUCUGCAAUAUUCAAAAGGAGGGAUAUUUGAAACUGUGGAAAAUGAACCUGUUAAUACUGAAGAACUGGCUUUCAAGUUUGCAGUCACCAACAUUAAUAGAAACAGAACACUGAUGCCUAAUACCACAUUAACCUAUGACAUCCAGAGAAUUAACCUUUUUGAUAGUUUUGAAGCCUCGAGAAGAGCAUGUGACCAGCUUGCUCUUGGUGUAGCUGCUCUGUUUGGACCUUCUCACAGCUCCUCUGUCAGUGCAGUGCAGUCCAUUUGCAAUGCACUUGAAGUCCCACAUAUUCAAACCAGAUGGAAGCACCCUACGGUGGACAACAAAGAUGCAUUUUACAUCAACCUCUACCCAGACUAUGCAGCCAUCAGCAGGGCAGUUUUGGAUCUUGUACUAUACUACAACUGGAAAAUAGUAACAGUAGUAUAUGAAGACAGCACGGGUCUAAUUCGCUUGCAAGAGCUCAUCAAAGCCCCUUCUAGAUACAACAUUAAAAUCAAAAUCCGCCAACUGCCCUCUGGGAAUAAAGACGCCAGGCCUCUACUCAAGGAGAUGAAGAAGGGCAAGGAGUUCUACGUGAUAUUUGAUUGCUCACAUGAAACGGCAGCAGAAAUCCUUAAGCAGGUUCUCUCCAUGGGAAUGAUGACUGAAUACUACCACUACUUUUUUACAACUCUGGAUCUAUUUGCAUUAGACCUCGAACCCUACAGAUAUAGUGGAGUAAAUAUGACAGGGUUUCGCCUGCUCAACAUCGAAAACCCCCACGUUUCAUCGGUCAUUGAGAAAUGGUCAAUGGAGCGUCUGCAGGCACCACCGAAACCAGAGACUGGCCUCCUCGAUGGCAUGAUGACAACUGAAGCAGCUCUGAUGUACGAUGCUGUUUACAUGGUAGCAGUGGCCUCCCAGCGUGCCUCCCAAAUGACUGUCAGCUCCCUGCAGUGCCACAGACACAAGCCGUGGCGUUUUGGACCCAGAUUUAUGAAUCUGAUAAAAGAGGCACGGUGGGAUGGCCUGACAGGGCGCAUAACCUUCAACAAAACGGAUGGCUUACGGAAGGAUUUUGAUUUGGACAUUAUUAGCCUCAAGGAGGAAGGAACAGAAAAGAUUGGGGUUUGGAACUCAUACAGUGGCCUUAACAUGACAGACAGCAACAAGGACCGAUCGACCAACAUCACGGAUUCCUUGGCUAACCGGACACUUAUUGUCACCACCAUUUUGGAAGAUCCCUAUGUUAUGUAUAAGAAGUCUGACAAGCCCUUGUAUGGAAAUGACAGAUUUGAGGGUUAUUGCCUGGACUUACUAAAAGAGCUGUCAAAUAUUUUAGGCUUCAUCUAUGAGGUCAAACUAGUUUCUGAUGGUAAAUAUGGAGCUCAGAAUGACAAAGGAGAGUGGAAUGGGAUGGUCAAAGAACUCAUAGAUCAUAAAGCUGAUCUGGCCGUUGCUCCUCUCACUAUUACCUAUGUAAGAGAGAAAGUAAUUGAUUUUUCCAAGCCCUUCAUGACACUGGGAAUCAGUAUCUUGUACCGGAAGCCCAAUGGGACAAACCCUGGAGUUUUCUCCUUUUUAAACCCUCUUUCUCCUGAUAUUUGGAUGUAUGUUCUCCUAGCCUGCCUUGGAGUCAGCUGUGUCCUCUUUGUCAUUGCAAGGUUUACACCAUAUGAAUGGUAUAACCCCCACCCGUGCAACCCAGACUCAGAUGUGGUGGAAAACAAUUUUACUUUACUAAAUAGUUUCUGGUUUGGAGUUGGAGCUCUCAUGCAGCAAGGUAUGGGUCCCAUCCUUCUGUAAAUGCAUCCAACCUUAGAAGCAUUAACUUUACCCAGUCACAAGUUCCACCAGUUGAUGAUGAUUUUGGAAACAGCUGACACUUAACUCAGUUGACAAGGAAGGGCAGUGAAGCUUACUCCAUAUGGGAAGUCAAACAGAUAUGUGUACUAAAUGCAUUUGGUUAUGGCAUAUAUGUUCUAAGAUUUCCAAUUAAAUCACUAUUCACAAAAACUGAGGUCCACUGAAAAGAAUGCAGAUAUUUUCUGUCAAACAUUUCAAGUUGAAUCAAAGCUGACCAAAAACCUCCCACCCUGCAACAACAAGCAAAAAGGCAAUUCAGAGGAUAGCCCAGCAGUACCUUGGUAUUAAAUCCCUAAACGUUUAAGUAAGGAAUAUAAAACCAUCUCUGCAUUCAUCCAGGUACAGUUUAUUCUUCCCUCUUUAACAGACCUGAGUAGCAGUGAAAAAAACAAGAGGAGGAUUUUUUCAUAAGCAUGGUAGAGAAUAAAGUUUGUAUUUUAUCUAAGAUGCACUUGCUUUUAUUGGUGCACUAAUGUAUUGACAGGAGCUUUAUCAUAGAAAUUACUUUGAAGAGGUUGGAUGCUUUAUUCUUUUAUUUUCUUUCCAACUUAUGAGUAAAACACAGGCUGAGGUUUUACAGUAUCAGGCAGGUGUGUGUAUAUAACUGUGAUUGCCCUGUGUGUGAAAGUGCCCCAGGAUUUUGUGUUUUGGUGUACUGCCUUUUUUGGAGUUUACCAUCAUCCACAGCAAACUGUGGGAUGCAGUGUCUGCUCGUUACCACUACCUUGGGUACAUGACAGUCAGCCCCAACCAGACUCUGCUUGUCUUUCAAGAAGAUUAAAAACAAAGCAAAAGAAAGAAACAAAGAAAGAAAGAAAGAAAGAAAAACAAAGAAAGAAAGAAAAAAACAUUUGUAAGGCAACACAAAUGUUUCCAUGUACAAACUUGUGGUGCGUGUGAUUGUAAGUGCAUCAUCGUUAAUGUGAAGAGUUUGAACAUGAUGUGAAUGGUUGUGACUCUGCAUCUAGCGUUAUGUUCUUUCUUGUUGGCAGCAGCUGCUUGUUGUGCUUGAUUGGAAGCCACUUGUUAUUAAAUUUUAAAAUGUGAUGAUCAGACUUUCUCUUUUCUACAGAGCGUGAGCAAAGUCUGGAUCAGGAUUGGCUGUCAUGUCUGCCAUUAAAAGGCACUAGAGAGACUUCAGCAAGUAUUGUCUCUGACCCCGAGUCUUGCUAGCAACGUUUUUAUUUAGAUGUUACUUCCCCUGUUUUUCCCCUGCAAGUCUCAGAUGUGUUAUGCAUACUCUGAAAGCAUCCAAACAGGGCACAUUUCAUCCAAUUCAUUCAGACAAACUAUCACUUUCAGAAAGGAAAGCUAUCCGUCAGAGCCCCAGUUCAGCCAGGCAGUGGGUCAGACUAGGAGUAUCUGGUUGAGGAGAGUGCAUAGGGUGAAGUUGGUGAGCAUGGAGCAUAUAUUAACGCUUUUUUGUUGGAAUCAAUGCCCUCAGAAAUGCAAACACUGAAGUAAGUGUUGGAGUGAUCAAAAGAGAUGCUGGGCAUGCUUGGUUCAGCUGGGAGCAAAGUGUGCUCAGCACCUCACUAAAGAAAAACGGUAGCUCACUGCAUAAUUAAUAGGCCGUGGCAUUUUGAGCUUAAUUGUACUGAAUGUAUUCUGCUGAUUUUUCACACACAACUUUUUGCUAGAGGAAAUCACAGGAGAUUUGGCAUCUCACCCAAAAAAAUUCAGCACAUAGGGCUUCUUGCCUACUCUCUUCUGCUGCCAGAAGGCUGCACUGGCAGAUUUCAUGAUUGCUUGUUGAGGUAUCUGCAAGGUAUCUGGCUAUUAUUCAUUAUUGGGAUCUAUAUGUCAGAGCUAGGUAUUGCAUCAGGGUCCAAGUGUAGAAAUUAUAUUUAUAUAGCUGUCUAAGCUUGACAGAAAUAAUACCUUCAGGAUGACUUGAAUCAGCACUCAUAGAAGCCAGCUUUUGCAGGUCAACCUCAGCUUAGAAAUAAAUGCUCUUCUCCUGAGAUCAACAAUACAAUAAAGAUUUCAUUGUACUUAAAAAAAUAUAACCUGAAAAGCAAGAAAGUACAAGAGACCACAAACAUAAACCCAUAUAGAGCUACAGCUCUUGAAACAAAUAUAUUUGGACUCAAAAAAUUUCAAGUGAAUUUUGCUUUUAGACUGCUGCUUAAUUUGAAAUCUGUCCAGCACCAGGGCUGCAGAGGGCUGCACAGGCAGAGCAUCUGCUCUCAUAAUUUGGCAAUUCUGUCAACCUACUCAAACCCUUGGGCUAUGCUUAGCUUUGACCUUUAAGAGACAUGCCUAUAAGUGUACAAAGCUAAGUUAAAUCUGUUUGUAAUUGUUCAGAAAGUUUUAACUCUUUUGGUCUUUGCCCCAAAAGUCACAUUCAGAAUUUUUCAAAGUCCGAAAAUAUUCUCAGUAACAUGUUUAAAUUUCUUACAGAAAUCAUUAAAUAGCUGGGAAGAGAUAAUAUGUCAACAUGUUUUUCCAGUAAUAGAAAUAUGUUUGUCACAGCAAAGGAUUUACAUGCUGAGAUCUCUAUUCACAGGCACUUAAGUUCUUUCUUAAGUCCAUCCUUCAUUAACAAAAUAAUUAUGCAAAGGCUUACUUUUUAAAUCAAAAGUAUUCAAGUGACUGUGUAAGUGCCUUACUGAACCAGAUCCUUGAAUCCCAAUGAGCUAAGUUCAGCAGUGAUGCCUGUAAAAAGAAAAA